GUAGAGCUGACGGUGAGAUGUUCCUGAAGUUGCGAUAUGCUUCGUUAGUGAUUGUGAUUUGGUCAUUUUAAAGCUUUUUUCUCCACACAAACACAUAUAAUUACAUCGAUAACAUCUAGCGGAAGAACAGAUGUCAUUGUGAUCGCGAGAAGACCGUUUGAAUUCAGAUUAAAACGGAACACUUUAUUGAGGGUUGGUAAAAAUAUAUAUUUAAGCUAACGAGAGACAGCCAUCAUGUCGUGGGAAGAAUUUCCUUGUUCGCUGGACUCGCCUCAAGCCGCCUUGUUCUGUGAUUGAGCUGGUAAAUAGAAAAGUAAAGGGAACUUCUUACUCAAGAGUCAAUGAGGCUUACAAGUUUCAAUACAAGUUAGUGCACACCAGAUUUAUCUAGCUUGCUAGCUCGUAAGCUAUGGCGGACAGCUUUGGAGAAGAGUACAGCGGCAAUUCCCAUGACUUAGGCGUUCCCGGACAAGGUAGCGGUGCCUUCCCACUGCCCACUUUAGCCAACUCUUUGCCGGGAGAACAUCCUGCAGCGAGCGGUGCGCACCCUAGCCCGAACUCGGCCUCUCCUUCUCCGACUACAGCGGCGCUGGGUGGCCUGACCGCUGUAGUGUCCCCUAUGUCCGCUGUUACCUCUUCUGCUACCGGGUUUGGGAACACAUUUACCUCCGGCUCUUCGAUACCUGUCGUGGCCGUGUCCCCGAUCGUACACACGUCCUCACCCCUGUCCGGUGUCGGCCUAGGGGUGGCUGGGUUGGCAGGAGGGGGCCUCUUGUCCCAAAUCCACGCCACUUCCUGGGACCCGACUCUUAGUGCAGACUGGGACAACGAGAAGGCAUCCCAGCAAUGCAUUUUGAGGAUAAAGAGGGAUAUUAUGUCCAUAUACAAGGAACCCCCCCCUGGGAUGUUUGUUGUUCCGGAUCCUCAAGACAUGACCAAGAUCCAUGCUCUGAUCACAGGACCGUUCGACACACCGUAUGAGGGCGGCUUCUUUCUUUUCUUGUUCCGCUGUCCCCCUGACUAUCCCAUCCAUCCACCUCGGGUGAAGCUCAUCACAACCGGACAAAACACAGUGCGUUUUAACCCCAACUUCUACCGCAACGGCAAGGUGUGCCUCAGCAUCCUGGGGACGUGGACUGGCCCUGCAUGGAGUCCAGCACAGAGCAUAUCAUCUGUCCUCAUCUCCAUCCAGUCCCUGAUGACGGAGAACCCCUAUCACAAUGAGCCCGGCUUCGAGCAGGAGCGCCACCCAGGGGACAGUAAGAAUUACAACGAGUGUAUCCGCCAUGAGACAAUGAGGGUGGCUGUAUGUGACAUGCUGGAAGGCAAAGUUCCCUGUCCUGACGCUCUGAGCAGUGUGAUGGAGAAGUCCUUCCUAGAAUACUACGACUUCUAUGAAGGAGUCUGCAAAGAGAGGCUGCAUCUGCAGGGUCAGAACAUGCAGGACCCGUUUGGUGAGAAGCGUGGCUGUUUCGAUUACCACAGCCUGCUGGCUCGCCUCGGCGCCACUCACAGACGAAUACGAGAAAAAAACCUGGCAGACGAUAACCGGAACGACAACAACUCGGACUCAGAUACCAGUUCUUCCGAAACGGACCUGGACAGCCAGGGCAGCUCCCAGCCCUGAGUCUCCGGCUGGUUUUGAACUGAUCAGAACUUUAGUUCUUGUUUUGCUUCUUUUUCUUUUUAACUUGUUGAUUUGUGUGGAGGAACAUGACGUAUUAUGAUGGGAUGUCAUUGUCUAUGGCUUCACCAGCCAAGAUGAAUCCAGGGCUUAUAGCUAAAUGAUUCUGCCACUGUGGGCUGAGGGAACAGUUCCAUGGUCCUGUUGUUCUCCCACUGCUUCCUGCUAGUUUAAUGGGGACUGGUCUUACCAGGUUUGUUUGUUCAACCUUUGCAGCUAAUUGGUUAACUUUACUUUGUUUUACUUGGAUAAAAAAAAAACAAUAAAACUGUAAAACCCAACUUCAAAUUAUUUCUCCAAGCAAGAAGAGAGUCAUGGUGAUUAGAAAGUCCAUUUGUUCCAACAAGUGUUCUAGUGUAUUAUAAAAAUGCUCAGAUUCCUUUAAGAUUUUUGGGAUUGACUGUUGUCAAUAAACCAGAAAUGAAUUUACUGUCAGAUAUAUAAUGAAACUGUUUGAAUCUUAAUUGGACUCAUUUUCCAUCAGAUAUAUUUUGUAUGGCUUUUUUCCUCAGUGCUGUACAAAAACAACUGGUGAGUACAGUGUGCAGAAUUAGUUGUUCUUGUCUAUUUUUUUGUUUGUUUUGCUACUGAAAUACAAACAAACAGUUCACUUGUUCAGCUACAUCCAUCAGACAAGAAGAUCCAAAAUCCAAAAGGAACACUCCAAGUAACACUUCAGUUCUGUUUAAGGCAGUGUAACACAAUAAUAGUGAUUUUCGUUUAAUCUCUUAACAUACUUAAAAGUGUCAAAUCAAUAAUUAAAAAGAUAAAUCCUCACCAGUGAUGGUCAUUAUUUAAAAAUAAAAACAGCAUUUGCAUUUCAGUAUCAUCAUGUCUCCUCUCAGUUGAUAUUUGUUGAAAAUGCACCGUCAUCAUUGGGCUUGAAAGGAAACGUGUUCACUGCCCUUUUCCACUUCAGCAAAAUGUUUUUGCCAAUAAAACGAUUGUUUUCCCAAAAGUC